AUGGCCAUGGCGGCCGCCGAGGGCUUCGACCAUGCGGCGCCGUCCAGGGUCCCGCUCCCGGCCACCCGGCAGGAGGUCCAGGCCGCCGUCGCCAAGGCCGUCGAGCUGCGCGCGCUCCACGCCGCCCUCCGCCAGCGCGCCGCGCCCAAUGCCGGUGCCCGCGCCAGCGCCAGCCGCAGCCCGGCCACCAUCCGCCUCCCGCCGGCCGCGUCCCCUGCGCGCUCCCGGACAGCGGCCACCGCCGCCGCAGACGAGGACUACCCCGUGUUUACCCCGACUUACGAGGAGGAGCCCAUGGCGAUGGCCGCUGGACUCAACGACAUCUGCCAUGACAACCGGAGCCGGUCCGAGAACUGGAGCGGCAUCACCUUGGACCGCGGCGGCGUCGGCGACGACGAGGCGGCCUACUCGGACUACGACAACUGCCUCAACGGCUUCUCCUCCUGCAACAGCGACUUCCACUACGCCCCUUCGUCCAGCGAGAAUCACCUCCGGAGCAGAGGCGUCAACAGGAUCCAUCCGGCCUUUCUGCAGUCCGCGCCGCUGGCCGGGCGUUUCCCGGCGUCGGCCGGGAGGGCGACCUGCGCGGGAGAGUUCAAGAUGCCGCCGUCCUGUGGUGGCGCGUUCCGGCCCGCGACGAUCGGCAGGGACCACGGUCUGAACGACGCGGAAGCUCUGGGGUUCUUCGGCAGCAGCAGCCGAGUGCCAUUCUCGUCCAGCCACCAGCCCCCGCCGUCGGCGCACUCCCGGGCAAAGCAGAGAGGGUCACAGAUCCUCUCAUGGCUCUUCACCAAGGCGAAGAAGAAGGCAAAGCCGGAGACGCAGCCGCCGACCACCGCCGUCAUCGAGCGCGGGAACAUGUCGCAGCUCCUCAAGGAGUGGGGGCUGCUCUCGCUGGACUCGCUCAGGAAGGAGCUCGCCGAGGCCAACGCGCACCGGGACGCCGCGCAGGAGGACGCGGCCGAGAUGAGGUCGUCGCUGGGCGAGCUGACUACCAAGAUGAUGAGCCUGGAAGCCUACUGCUCGGAGCUCAAGAAGGCCCUGCGGCAAGCGACGGACCACAACGGCGGCACCGACACGCAGUCCCACUCGCGGCGGUCGUCGUCGAGGUCGAUCGGGGCGAGCCGAGAGCUGCCCGGAAAUGGCAUGCCGGUGAGCCACGAGGCCAUGGUGGAAGGCUUCCUGCAGAUCGCCUCCGAGGCGCGCCUCUCCGUGAAGCAGCUCUGCAAGGCGCUGAUCCAGCAGGUGGAGGAGCCGGACAACGGGCUGUCAGACAAGCUGAACCUGCUGCUCCGGCCGCACCAGCUAGCCAUCGCCGGCCGGCACUGCUCCAAGGCGGUGCUGUACCACCUGGAGGCGGUGAUGAACCAGACGCUGUACCAGGACUUCGAGAACCCCAGCUUCCAGCGGAACGGCGCGGCGAGGCACCUGGACCCCGGGCAGGGCCGGCGGGAGAGCUUCGCGUCCUUCGUGGCGCUGCGCAACCUGAGCUGGAGCGAGGUGCUGCGGAAGGGCACCAGGUACUACAGCGAGGACCUCAGCCGGUUCUGCGACCAGAAGAUGAGCUGCGUGGUGACCGCGCUGAGCUGGUCGUGGCCAUGGCCGGAGCAGCUGCUCCAGUGCUUCUUCGUCGCCACCAAGUGCGUCUGGCUGCUCCACCUGCUCGCCUUCUCCUUCGCGCCGCCGCUGCCCAUCCUGCGGGUCGACGAGGGCCGGGCGUUCGACCAGGCGUACAUGGAGGACAUCCUGCCGGACAGGCGGCAGCCCCAGGAUGAUCCGUUGAGGGUGAAGAUCAUGGUGAUGCCGGGGUUCUAUGUCCAAGAUCGAGUGCUCAAGUGCAAGGUCCUCACAACAAAGCAGCAGCUAGACCAGUAG